UCAAGCCGUUCACCAUGGCCUCGGACCUCGUCGCGUACGUCUCCAAGCUGCUGCCGGGCGCCGCGCCCCUGGACCUGGCGGCGGACAUCAAGAAGAAGGACUACGCGCCCGUCGUGGCGGUCGUGAGCCCCAAGCUGCCGCAGCUGCUGGCGCUCGAGGCCGAGACGGACGCCGAGGGCGCCGUGGCGCUGCUCUGGGACGUGGUGCUGCAGCUGCCGGAGCCGCAGAGCGAGGCCCUCAAGCUGCUGCAGGUGGCUAAAAGCCAGGAGAAGGCCAGCGCCGUGCUGCGGCUGCGCGUGGCCGCCGCGCUCUUCAACAAGGCGCGCGCGCUGCCGCAGGUGCAGCUGCAGGCGCUGCUGGACGUGCUGGCGCUAGCCGCCAGCUCGGACAACGUGGACCUCGUGGCCCCCUACCUCACGCAGGUGGACGCGCUGCUGGACACGCAGAAGCUGAGCGUGGAGCAGCGCCGCUCGCUGCUGCUGGCCGUGGCCGACGUGCUGGAGCUGGCCGACGACAAGCUUAAGGUGCUGGCCGUGCUGGAGAAGUACCUGGCCACCUUCGAGAAGGGCCAGGAGGCCAAGGACCAGGCCGCGCGCGCCGUCAAGAUCGUGCUGCAGAACCCCGUGGCCAGCUUCCUGGCGCGCGUGGACCUGGCGACCAGCGCCGUCGUGCAGGCCGCGCUCAAGGGCUCCAAGCUGCUCGAGCUGCUGGUCAUCGUGUCCACCAAGACGCUCAAGGAGUUCGCGGCCUUCCAGAAGAGCGCCGCCGGCGUGUUCACGGAGAACGGCCUGGUGGAGGCCGAGCUGGCCGACACCAUGCGCCUCUUCACGCUCUGCACGCUGCCCACGGGCUUCAAGGAGAUCCCGUACGCGGACGUGGCCAAGGCCCUCGAGGUGGACGAGGAGGAUGUGGAGAAGUGGGUCGUGCGCGCCAUCACGGCGGGCGUCGCCAGCGCCAAGAUCGACCAGCUCGCGCGUACCGUGACCAUCUCGCGCUCGCUGCAGCGCCGCUUCGGCGCCGAGCAGUGGAAGGAGAUUGACGCCAAGCUGCAGCUGUACAAGAAGAACGUCGGCGGUCUGCUGGAUAUUAUCAGGAACGCGCGUCGUGCUCAGGAGCAGCAGUGA